GACCUUGUCUAUGGUGAGAACUUAGAUGUUAUCACUAUUACAGAAACUUGGUUAAAUGAUAAGAUAUUUGACAAUGAGAUUUUACCUAACGGUUACAAUAUAAUCAGGAAGGAUAGACCAGGAAAGAAACGAGGAGGAGGUGUAUUGAUCGCGCUAAGAGAGAAUAUUCCAUAUAACCUGAUUGUAUUACCGUCAAAUGCUAAAGGAAACUGGCAUGAUCUUCUAGAAAUUGUUGCAAUCGAAAUCCAGUUGAACAAAAAUAGCAAAAAACCUCUUUUAUGUGUCUGUUAUGAUGAUAACAGACACAUAAAAGAGCUUUUUUGCUAUUUUUGUUCAACUGGAUUUCGAUUGCAACAAAAAUAGUAAAAAAGCUCUUUUAUGUGUCUGUUAUCGAUCUCAGAAGUAUAAAACCGAAUCUUGGUCUCAAAUGUUUACUGAAUUCUUACAAGACACCCAAAAUUAUGAUCUGAUUCUUAUAACUGGUGAUUUUAACUUCCCUGAACUGACUUGGAAUUCCACUCUCGUAGCCUCAAGACCUGUUUCAGCUCACUCUAUGGAAUUUCGUGAACUAACUUUAGACUUCUUUUUGAAACAAACUAACACUCAUUCUACACGUGGAGAUAAUAUCCUAGACCUUGUGUUUUCAAGAACCCCUGAAGCCAUAAAAGACUUGACUUGUAUUUGCCCAAAAACCAUGAACAUAUCUAGUGAUCACGGUUUAUUGAUGUUCGACUUCCACUUAACCAUGAGUUCAUUUGGCUGUAACAAAAGAACUGUUUUCGAUUUCAAACGUGCUGAUUGGAAUGGUCUACAGAACAAGCUACGCUUUUCAAAUUUGUCUCCAACAGAUCACUCAAAUUUAGACCUUGACGCUGAUUGGGAGAAAUGGAAAAACACCUUCCUUAGUGCAGCCGCUGACCAUAUUCCACGUAAGUCACUCAAGAAAAACAGUUCUCCUCCCGGGUUCGACGGUGAAAUUAAACACCUUAUUAAUAAGAAGGAUUUUUGCAGAAAAAGGGCAAAACAGUCGCUGAAUCCAAGUGCAUGGGAAAAGUUUCGAACUCUAAGGCGUCAAGUCAAAUCAUUGUUGCAUGACAAGCGUAAAGAAUUCUUUCAAAAUCUGCCUGAUCUCUUGAAAACAAGUAGCAAAAAAUUUUGGUCCGUUUUUAAGUCAGUCUCCAAACAUUCGAACAUACCAAACAAAAUUUUUUGGUCUAAAGAUCCUACAACGCAUAUUGCUGCUGACAACCCUGCGGACAUUGCAAAUGUAUUCAACCGUUAUUUUUUCUCAGUCUUUAACACUGCCCAAUGCCACGAUUCACAUCGUCACCUCGACCAAGAAAACUAUAAUACCAUUGACACACUUCAGGAUAUCGUUAUUACGCCUGAGGAUGUUUACGAAUGUCUCUGCACACUAGAUCAGAACAAAGCAUCAGGACCUGACAGAAUUCCAGCCACACUUUUGAGACACUGUGCUUCCAGUAUCAGCUCGUCUCUUUCUGAGCUUUUCAAUAAAACAUUGUCUAUUGGUAAGUUGCCAAAAGAAUGGAAACUGUCCAACAUUACGCCAAUCCCAAAGAGCGGGUCCUCUAGCAAUGUUACCAAUUACCGACCUAUUUCGCUUCUAUCACUUGUAUCCAAGGUACUUGAGAGAUGUAUCUACAAUAGGCUUAUUGAGCACAUUGGAGAAAAAUUACAUCAUCUGCAGUUUGGUUUCUUGAAGGGCAAGUCAACUACUAGUCAACUCCUGCAGGUGUUACACGACAUUGGAAACAAUCCAGACAACAAGUGUCAAGUAGACACACUGUACUUGGACUUUGCCAAGGCAUUUGACAAAGUAAACUAUGAACUGCUGCUUUUCAAAUUGAAACGUUUUGGCAUCUCCGGUAAUCUCCUAUCUUGGCUACGUGAUUAUCUUUCUGGUCGCUACCAGAGGGUAACGGUUCUCGGCGAGACCUCGAAUCCAUUACCUGUCCUAUCUGGUGUGCCACAGGGAUCGAUACUCGGACCACUACUUUUCCUGGUUUAUGUAAACGAUCUUCCCGACUGUGUCUCAAGUUCUUCAUCAUUGGCAAUGUUUGCGGAUGACUCUAAAUGUUAUCAACCCAUUAAAUGUUAUGAGGACGCCGAAGUCUUGCAGUCUGACAUAAAUGCUAUUGACUCUUGGUGCAAGGAGUGGCAGAUGUCUUUAAAUCACUCUAAAUGUGGUCUCCUUCGCAUUACAAGAAAUUCUCAACCGAUCCAUUACUCUUACAACGUGGGAGGCAACUUACUUAAAACAAUCAACAAACAAAAAGAUCUUGGUGUUAUAGUCUCUAAAGAUCUUAAAUGGAGCCUCAACGUCCAAGCCGUCUCAAAUAAGGCCAACAAAAUGUUGGGGUUCGUAAAAAGAUCGUGUUUUCAUGCAAGUGACCCAAAA